AUUCGUAGGUUAUCACAACUAUGCGUGCAAUACUUAUUUACAUUAAACACAAACUCACACUUUGUUAGACUAUAGACGCAACUGAAUAGUCAUGCCUCGUUGGAACUAUGUAGAUCCCCGGGCGUGUGCGGCUUCGGCAGAGUGGCAGCAUUCGUUAGAUGUACAUGUAGUGACUGCUAAGAUGUACGAAGACACUAUUUCUGGCUAUGGUCUAGGGUUGUAUAUUGUGAAUGAUGACGGCGAUAGUGCUUGUGAGGAUGCUAAUACAGAACCAACAGUAUUAUCAGAUAUAACGGAACCGAAAGAGUCGUCUUAUGAGUAUAAGGAGGUCAAAAUGGAAGGUGGUAUAUCGACGGUUUUAACAGAGUCAAUGGGGCCGAAGGAGUCAUCUCAUAUGCAUACGAAGGUUAAAAAAGAAGACGCCGAGAAAGGAAAUGAUAUGGCAGAUAAAAAGGUACCAACGGAAUCAAAAGAUUCAGUACAUGAGCAUAUGGAGGUGAAAGAAGAAGGUGAUGUAUUGGGUAUGAAUAUAAAAGAAAGUAGGAACAACGUAGCGAAAGUGGAUGAGUUGAUAGAUGUAGAUUCCGAAUGUUGUCCAGACCACUCAGAGGAUAAAGUAAAGGCCGAGUAUGGUUACAGCCAAAACGACAUAG